AUGUCGGGCGAGCCAGAUCGCGAGCUGGUGGACCGAGAGCUGCCGGACCCCUUCCCAUCCGCCGGCAAGGCAUCGGGGAAGAAGCGCGUGAGCAGCAUCUUCACCAGCCCGGCUCUGUCCUCUAGCGAGCCGGACCCAGCCACCGCACGCAGCGUCAUGGUCGGCCACCGCUGCAGUAGCACGCUGGGCUUGCCAUUCAGCUUGAAGAGCAGUACUAGCCGGCGCACACAUUCGGAGUGCGAUCCGUCUGUGGAGGCAUUGAGUGCUAAGAGGGCCGAGGUGAGCGUGUCGGUGUUGCACGAGCGGAGCCUGCCACUCCAAGUCUCGACGAAGCUGCUGACGGGGCGCGUGCGCGUCGGAAUGGCCGGGGGGGGGCGUGAUCGCGGCCCCCCUUCCGAGGGCGCCGCUGCCGAGGGCCCGCCGCUGCCAAGCCCGCCGCCGCCGCCCCAAGCCUCUGGAGAUCUAGUUCGCGGGGGCGGCGUGGAGGGCGGAUCCGCGGCGGGCGAGGAUGCGGCGGCGGGACCAACAGAGGUCCCAUCAGCGAAGCCCGAAUCGUUUCCGGACAUCGCCCCCGGGGGCCCCUCCCCAGCUGGCGGAUCGAAUGUGAAUCGCAAAAAUGGUCAGUUCAAGUUUGUGUCUAGAGGGAAGGACAGGCGGGCGACAUUUGACGACGUCGGGGAUCACAAUGUGACGACCAAAACGAUCUUGGGGGCCAGGUGGGAUGCGCCGGGUAAUCUGAAACCGUUUGGGAUUCACGACUGCGUCAUUCAAGCAAACGAGGCCGGGGAUUCCGAGUGGGAGCUCUCCUUGAGCACUUGA